UUCGAACUGAGCCCAACUGCUGCCCUAUUUGAUGACGCUCUUCCUCUUCCUUUGAACUUGUCAUCGUUUCUUCGUUGCCGAACACAAAGAGCCGCCACGGUUACGGUUAGGGUUAGGAUUAGGGUAUUGGUCCUGGAUUGCCGGUGGCCAUGGUGAGCCGAAUCCUCGCCCUCCGCCUACUCCGCGCCGCCGGUGCUAUCCGCCCCUCCCGCUCUUUCGUCGGUUCUGCAGCCGCUCUUUUCCGCCUCGAAUACCCUUCCUACGUGUCCAGUGAUCCCGCGAUGGAUGAUUCCGUCGGUUACCGGUCCUUCUCCAGCCGCCCGGUGAGGCCGAAGGCCGGCGUCGGGUCACGGGGACAUCGGGGUGGCGAUUUCAAGUCGAGGGGCGCCGUCGGGCAAGCGAAGAGCUUGGUCGAGGACGAAGCAGAGCUUAACGAUUGGAUCAGUGGUCUGAGGAAUGAUUCCUUUCGCCUGGGGCUGAGCAGCGACAACGAGGACUCAGUCGCUGAUCGAUCCAUGGGUGAUAAAGGAAGGGGUAGAGAUGGAUACAGCAAUAGGUUUAGGUCCAGGAGCGGAAAAGGUGAUUCUUUUAGGUCGACAAAGGAUAAGGCACCAUCAAGGAGGCAGUGGGAUGAUGAUUUUGAUGAUUUUUCUCGAGCAUCCAAUCGAGGAAGGUCUCGGAGUUCCAGGAAUGCCCCAGCGAAGAAGCAGUUUGAAAGUGAUUUGGAGGAUGACGAAGAAGAUGAUGAUGAAGAAGUUGCUUUUUCUUCUAAAAAUAGGAGGGGGCAUCGGAGCCAACAGACAAUGCCCUCAACAUUUUCGAGAAGAGGAGGAAGAGAUAGUGAGUCGAAGUUUAAGAAAACCAUAGGUGGGAGAAGGUCAGUUAUUUUGGAAUCUGAGGGAGAGAAAGUCGAAGAGAUUGAGGAUGAUCAUGACCUAUCCGCUUCUGACGAUGAUAUUUUUAGCGAUGAAGAUGAAAAAGAAGUGUCCGCCAAAGAUAUACUAACGAAUUUUGGUUCCCCCAAGCAAGAGCAAGGAGACGAUGGACAGCCAUUGCCAAAAAAGUCAACAGAGGGAGAUAACUCUUACCUGAGCCAGACUAGAUUUGAUGAGUGCUCCAUCUCACCCUUGACGCUGAGAGGAGUAAAAGCAGCUGGAUAUGAAAGGAUGACACAAGUGCAAGAGGCAACCCUUCCUCUCAUCCUCAAAGGUAAAGAUGUUCUUGCAAAAGCAAAGACAGGAACUGGGAAAACCGUGGCAUUUUUGCUUCCAGCAAUUGAAGUUGUCUCAAAAUUACCUCCUGUUGAACGUGAUCAAAGAAGACCACCGAUCAAUGUUCUUGUUGUAUGUCCUACUCGUGAGCUUGCAGAUCAAGCUGCAGCGGAGGCUAAUCAGCUUUUAAAGUAUCAUCCCUCCAUUGGUGUACAAGUUGUUAUGGGUGGAACACGAUUGGCACUUGAACAGAAAAGGAUGCAAACGAACCCAUGUCAGAUUCUUGUAGCAACACCUGGAAGGCUUCGAGAUCAUAUUGAGAAUACACCAGGAUUUGCUACACGGCUGAUGGGUGUUAAGGUCCUUGUGCUUGAUGAAGCUGACCGUCUGUUAGAUAUGGGUUUUCGAAAAGAUAUUGAGAAGAUUGUUGCUGCUGUUCCGAAACAACGCCAGACACUUUUAUUUUCUGCCACUGUUCCAGAUGAGGUUCGCCAAAUAUGUUACAUUGCGAUGAAAAGAGACCUCGAGUUUGUUAAUACUGUUGGAGAGGGGACUGAGGAGACACACUCUCAGGUUAAACAAAUGCAUUUAGUUGCACCCCUUGAGAAGCAGUUUUCAAUAUUGUAUAAUAUUCUGACAGAACAUAUUUCAGGAAAUGUUGACUAUAAGGUCAUUGUAUUUUGUACGACUGCAAUGGCGACCAAGCUUGUUGCUGACCUUCUUUCUGAGCUAAAGCUGAACGUUCGAGAAAUACAUUCUAGAAAGCCACAGAGUUAUCGGACGAGAGUUUCUAAAGAGUUUAAGGAGUCAAAGGGUCUUAUUCUUGUGAGUUCUGAUGUUUCAGCACGAGGAGUUGAUUACCCCAAUGUCACACUUGUUAUACAGUUGGGAGUCCCUGCUGACAGAGAACAAUAUAUACAUCGGCUGGGUAGAACUGGUCGGAAAGGCCAGGAAGGAACAGGCAUUCUGAUGUUAGCACCAUGGGAAGAUUUCUUUUUAAGUACCAUCAAGGACUUGCCAAUAACAAAGGCUUCAUUACCGACAGUUGACCUAGACACUACAAAGAAGGUGGAGCGGGCACUGGGUCAUGUAGAGCUCAAGAACAAAGAAUCAGCAUAUCAAGCAUGGCUUGGAUACUACAAUUCCAAUAAAAAUAUCGGCCGGGACAAGUAUCAGCUUGUCGCGCUUGCUAAUGAGUUCAGCCGAAGCAUGGGACUCGAUAAUCCCCCUGCUGUGCCCAAACUUGUACUCAGAAAGAUGGGACUGAACAAUGUCCCUGGCUUGCGUGCAAAAUAGUUUUCUCAGCAUGUUGGAGGAGUUAGUCAUUUGGUAUCUGCCUUUUUUGGAAGAUUUAGGACGUGAUCCCCCCCAAGCAACAAAAUCGAGUUGAGAUGUUCAUCUCAACCUGGUUCAUUGAGGUUUGUCCUGUAACUUUUUUUUUCCCUCAAUUUUCUUUUGAUCUACUAGAAAUGUGUACACAUUUAUCAAAACCAUAUGAUGGAGGUAAGAUUAUUCCUAAUCAUUCUCUUAAUGUCAAGUAAGCUUCAGUGUGGUUUUA